CAGAGGGCCACCAACAUGAAAGAGAGACACAAGUCAACCAACAAGAGAUAGGGACUCUAGGGCAUCAACAAGAAAGAGGAACACAAAUCCACCAGCACAGGGAGACACAACAAGAAAGAGGGACUCUAGGACACCAACAAGAAGGAGAGAUGCAGAUUAAUCAGCAAGAAGGACAGACACAAGGACACGAACAAGAAAGAGGGACUAUAGGACACCAACAAGGAGGAGACAUACAUUUCCACCAACAAGAAGGAGAGACACAGGUCCACCAACAAGAAAGAGGGACUCCAGGACUCCAACAAGGAGAGACACAAGGACACCAACCAGUCGAAGGAGAGUUCAAAGGAUUAGAACAAUCUGAGCAUCCACAAAACUGUGUAUCUCCAUCAAGUUGUUCCUCAGAUGAGGAAGAGCAGUACACACGCCCAAGAAGGUUCAUCUACCCUAACCUAUCUAAAUCAUCAAGUGAACUCCAAAAUCAUUUUGACAGUGAUGAAUCUGACCUUGAUCCAACAUAUCGACCAGAGGAGGGUAGCAACGAGGAAUACAGCAGUGAUGAUGAGGCAACUCUUGAGAUUCAUCCAAGAAAUGUUCAAGUGCGCAAGAGACCAUCUUCUGUUAUAUCUACACCAGAUGAAAAACCUACAAAGAUUUAUAAACAGUGCCUUCCAGGAUCAUUUUCAGGGCCAGAAUUGCCACAUCAGAAAACCAAUGAUAAUAUGGAAACGACACACAAACACGAGGACAAGAAAACAAGGUACAAGAAGCCAUCAAGGCCAUGCCCUUUCUGCAACAAAGCUUGUGGUGAAAAGCUCUCGAGACACAUUUGUUUGGUACAUAAGGAUAAGGAGCAGGUGAAAUCUGCCAUGCAGCUGCCAAAGCGGGAGAGAGACAAGGUGUUCUCAAAGUUCAGGAAGGAAGGCAUAUACCAAGUAAAUAGAGAACGUAUGAAAGAUGACAACCCUAUUUAUGAAAGAGAAAAGUUACCAAAAUCAGGGAAUGAUGACAACCUUAAAAUGUGCAGUAACUGCAAGGGCUUUUACAGCUCACAUUUCUUCUGGCAUCACAGGAAAGUUUGCCAAGGUGAUAUAUGCACUCCAUCUGAAGGAGUACCAGUAAACCUCAUGGAAGGGAAAGAUCCAGUGUAUCAAAAACACCCAGACUUUGUCACUGACAUACUUAGUAGAUUCCAGAAUGAUGACGUUGGGAAUACGUGUAGAACGGACAAAGUGAUAGUUAAUGUUGGACAUCGACUGUGGACUAAACACAGAUCCAAAAAAGACAAGAAACUUGAAGUAAGAAAAUCAGUUAUGGCUGAUAUGAGAAGACUUGCCACCUUAUACACUGAGUUUAAGAAGAAACACGAGGUUCAUGGGACUGCAGAUCUCACAAUGGGACAUGCUGGAGACAUGUUCAGUAGAGAGCACUUCGAAUCUUUGACAGAGGCAAUCCAGACGCUCACUUAUGAUGAAACUGAAGGCAAACUAAAGCCAGGACUGAAACUCUGCUUGUACUUUGUGCUGAAAAAAGCUAGCAAAAUCACUAAAGCUAGUUUUCUUGUAUCCAGGCUAGAUGAAGAUGCAUCUGAGAUUGACAAGUUCGUAGAGAUUCUUGACUUGAACCAGAAUUUGAUUUUUGGGGAUGCACACUACGAAAUCCAAAAGAAUCGCCAAGUGCGUUUGAGGAAGCCUGCAGAGCUCCCGCUUGAGGCUGACAUUGAAGCAUUGAAGACAUACACUCAAAAGAAAGUCACAGAAAUCAUCUCUGAUGAGUUCCUGGUUUGGGAUUCUCACACAUUUGUAGAGUUACGAGAUCUGACUUGCUCGCGAUUGACAUUGUGGAAUGCAAGGCGUGGUGGAGAACCCAGCAGGCUUACAACCGAAGAAUGGAGAGAUGCAGAAGAGGGUGUAUGGAUGCAGAAAGACAAGAUUCAUGAAGUUAAAAAUCCAGCCCAUCAGGAACUUUUAUCUCAGCUCAAGAUAUGCUACCAGACUGGGAAGGGCACUAAUCGCUUGGUUCCAGUCCUGUUCCCAAGAGACACUGUGAAACCUGUGCAACUUCUAUGUGAUCAGGAAAUCCGGCAUACAGCAGGAAUAAGACCUGAUAAUAAGUACAUAUUCGCUUGUACUCAAAUGUCUCAUGACCAUGUUGGAGGGUGGCAUGCUCUAAAGAAUGUCUCAGACAACAUCAGCCUUUCGUCCAACGUUACGGUGAAUGCCACCAAGAACAGGCACAGAGUGUCUACAAUUUACGCAUCCCUCGACUUGCCUGAUGCUGACUUGGAACUAUUUUACCGGCAUAUGGGACACUCCUCUACAAUCAAUCAAACAAUCUACCAGACCCCACUUGCCAUCCAAGAAAUCACCCGAGUAGGGAGUCAUCUCCAUCAUAUAGAUAUAGGAGGAAUGAGGGCACGCAAAGAAUCUGAAGCGUCUGAUGACGAUGGCUGCUCAAGUGCACCAGCGACCUCAAAGGAUGGCUGCUCUACAGCACGGGUGAACUCUAAACAUGACGACUCAACUCUAACGGUGACCUCUGAGGAUGGCAGCUCAACUAAACCAGCGACCUCAAAGGAUGGCUGCUCUACAGCACGGGUGAACUCUGAGCAUGGCAACUCAACUCUAACAGUGACCUCUGAGGAUGGCAGCUCAACUACACCAGCGACCUCAAAGGAUGGCUGCUCUACUGCAACAUUGACCUCUGGGGAUAGGUCUUCAGCCCGAAGGUACAACCGCUGGUCAAAGCAGGGAAGCAAGCAGUGCAAGCAGUAUUUCUCUGCAGCAAUCAAACAAGGGAAACCAUUACAGGGAGGAAGGCCUGCACCACUUUCCUGCAAAGACAUCAAAUCACCAUGGAAUGGCAGGCGGUAA